AAUUGUUUUGUCGACAAUUUAAUGAGUCUCAGAGGUAAUGUCGCAUUGCAUAUUGCCUCAGGAAUAAUUACUUUUAACCGAUUGCCACAUAAACAUAACUGUAUACUUUGAAUAAGCAAACACAACACAACACAACUGGCUUAACAACACAGAAACUUGCUUAAAUUGAAGUAACAACAACAAAAACAAAAACUAUGGCAUCUAACAACCAAGACCUAAACCUGAUAUCAGCAUCGGACCUCCUUAAGGAAGCUGCGAAAAUCAGAGAGUUUAGAGGCGACGGGAACUGUGACAUCUCUUCAUUCAUUAGAGAGGUGCAACUGAUCCUGCCCUUGUUCAACGAGAACCAACCGGCCAAAAAUUAUGUGUGGGAGAGACACAUAAAGACCAAGAUCCAAGGAGAGGCGCUCCAGAUAAUACGAACACUAAACAGCGACUCAUCGUGGGACGAAGUGAAGACAGAACUGAUACGGAACUUCGGAUUAAGAGAAAGCUAUCACCAACUCUUCCACCAGGCCAUCACAACCAGGCAGUAUAAUACGAAAAUAAGCCGACAGAAUUUUCUCCUAAGACAAACGAAUCAUUAA